UCCCUCCGCUUCUUCUUCUUCCUCUCACCUCUCUCCACAGCUUCUCCAAAAUGCGCCUCUAAAGCUUCCAUUUUUUUAUCACUCCCCACCCACCGCAUUAGUCGCUUCCCCCAAACGCGAUUCCAAUGAAACCCUCCCAUUCUUCCUCCUCCACGCACCUUCACCUCCUCAUCCUCUUCCUCGUCCUCGUCCUCUUCGUCGCCGCGGCGGCGGGGGACACGACGCCGACCAUAUUCGACACCAUAUGCGGCCGCAACCAAACCCAGGACCCGGAGGCAUUCGACGUGAACUUCGUGACCACGAUGGAGAUGAUCUUCCAGAACAUCACCGAGAGCGGCUUCGGCGCCGCGGUCUCGGGCGGCGCGAACACGGUGUACGGCCUCGGACAGUGCUUCGGCUACCUCGCCCCCACAAGCUGCCAAAUUUGCUACUUCCAGAGCCGCCUCAAGCUCCCGCACUGCCUCCCCGCCACGGACUCCCGCAUAUACCUCGACGGCUGCUUCCUCCGCUACGCCGACCACAACGUCUCUGCGGACGCCACCGACGCGUACGAUACAUCUGUUUGCGGAAAUGCCUCAACGAACUCUUCGGCGUUCAACGACGCGGCGACCAGGUUGGUCGCGAACUUAACGGCGGGGGCGCUGAACCAGACGAAGUUUUACCAGGUGGGGAGCGCCAGCGUGGCGGCGGGCGUGUCGGUGUACGGGAUGGCGCAGUGUUGGAGGUCGCUGAACGCGAGCGGGUGCAGGGAGUGCUUGGAGAGCGCCAGGGCGAGCGCCGUGAAGUGCUUGCCCGCCACCGAUGGGAAGGCUCUCAAUGCGGGGUGCUUCGUCAGGUACUCCACGGAACCCUUCUACUUGGCGGCUUCAUCCAGCGGUGGUGGAUCUUCGGCUCGGCGGACAAUUAUUGUUGCUCUAACUUCGGUUGUCGCUGUUCUUGCCGUUAUUGGUAUCAUCAUUAUAUGGAAGAAAAUGAGAUCUAAAGACGAUUUAAUUGACGAUUUGGAUGGCUCAGGGGAAUAUAUUAGGUCGAUCUCUGGGUCUCAUUUAAGCUUCAAGUAUGAAGAUUUGAGAAAAGCAACAGAUAACUUCAAUCAAAUCAACAAGCUCGGCCAAGGCGGGUAUGGCUCAGUGUAUAAGGGAGUUCUAUCAGAUGGGAGAGAAAUUGCUGUAAAGAGGCUGUUCUUCACUACAAGGCCGUGGGUCGAUCAGUUCUUUAAUGAAGUCACUCUCGUAAGUCAAGUUCAGCAUAAGAACCUUGUUAAGCUUCUCGGCUGCAGCGUUGAAGGGCCAGAGAGUCUCCUAGUCUAUGAGUACCUCUGCAAUACCAGCUUGGAUAACUUCUUGUUCGACUCAUUCAAGAAGAAUUUGCUCGACUGGGAGAGGAGAUUUGAAAUUAUCGUUGGAACGGCGGAGGGGCUAUCGUAUCUGCAUAGUGCUUCAGAAAUCAGGAUUAUACACAGGGAUAUAAAAGCUAGCAAUAUAUUGUUGGAUGAGAGAUUUAAGCCCAAGAUUGCAGAUUUCGGGUUGGCGAGGAAUUUCAUGGAGGAUCAGAGUCAUCUUAGUACAGGCCUAGCUGGAACUUUCGGUUAUAUGGCUCCUGAGUACAUUGUUCAUGGGCAGUUAACUGAGAAGGCCGAUAUUUACAGCUAUGGCGUACUUGUUCUUGAGAUAAUCACUGGUCGAAAGAACCACAAUUCUGUGGCUUCAUCAGAUGAAGGCCAUUCUCUUAUGUCAUUGAUAUGGCAACACUUCAAUGCAAAAACCGUAAUCGAACUUCUUGACCCUUGCCUUCAAAAACGGUGCCCGGAGGAGCAAGCCCUGAAGGUGUUCCAAGUGGGUCUAUUAUGUGCACAGGCAUCGCCAAAUCUAAGGCCACCGAUGUGGAAAGUGGUGGAAUUGCUUAACAGCGAAUCAAAAGAACUCCCUCUUCCAUCUCAGCCUCCUUUUAUUAACGUUAAGGGUACAAGUUCUAAAAGUAAUAGCUCAGAGUCACCUUCUGUCGUAACGUCCUCAUCAAAAUCCCCCUUCUCGCUGAAUCAGAUAUCGGUGAGCCAAUUGGAUGCAAGGUAAUAAGGUGAUCUUAAAGAAAAGAAGCCACAGUAUAUAUGUUUCUUAAUUCCUUUUUGGCUAAAGUGCAGAAACCCUCUGAAAGAUAGCGUCACGGUGCACUUUGCCCACCGCCCGCUCAAACCCCCUUCCCAUCAUAUAGAGUCUUGAUAUUGUCCUUCCUACCAUAAAAGGAGUAUAAUAGGUAUCUCAGGUUAUAUUUUAAUGCUACCAAAAAAAUUCCUAAACAGAAAAUCUGAUAGGAAGGGGGUUAAGUGCUAAAGCCUAUAUACAAUGAGGCGCUUAAAUGUAUGCUUUUUAAAGUCCAGUGGGUAUAGUGCAAAUAGCUCUAUUUUGUAGGGCUUUUCCUUUUGCAUUUUAGCCUUUUUUUUGCCUUUUUUCUGUAAAUUCCGCUUGGAGAGUUGGCCGAUAUAUAGUUGAGGCCAUGUAUUAUGAUGGUUUAUGAGCUGCUGCUUCAUUUGUAGAUUGGUUUCUUUUGUUCCUGUUGUUGGGGAAAAUAUACUCCACAGUUGUUAAUUGGUAGUUAAACAUAUUAUGACACAGCAAAAAUAUAAUACAAAUGUUUGUUUUACUUUUCUCCUCUC